UAUGCAUGUCAGAACAUUAUGGCGCUUCUUGAUAUUAUUUAUGUUUACAACAGCAUUUGAUUUUAAUGACCUUGAUCUUUCUAAGAAGUAUUCAUGCAUGUUUUCUUAUAACCGUCCACUUUAUGUCUUAAGCCAAACAAACGAUGUCUCGGUGUCAUUUGGAAGUAAUCGGAAUAUUGACCUUCCUAGAAUAUCAAGCUAUCCCAACAAUAACAAUAGCUCUGUUUGCACCAUCACCAAGUCAGGCACUGUCUUUUUGUUUUCUCGACAAAUAUUUCAUCAUCGUUACCUUGGAAUUCAACCAAUAUUUCUUUUGAAGGAACACAUACUUCUGUCUCAAAUAAUGCAGUGGCAUUCGACAAUCAGAUAUACAUAUUUAACAUAUCCCUUCAUGUUCUUGAUACAGUACAAUGGGCCUAGUAUAAAUCCAAUGUAUCAACACCUUCAUCACGCUCCUUUAAAUUUUAUGUAACAUCACGGUGGAUUCUUUAUUUUCGCGUUGAUAGCACACAAAUCCAUAUUGACUGCUUUGAUCCUUAUAUGUCUGAAUGGCGAGGGACAUUGUUGUCAUUGAAUGCAACUACAGACCAUGUAAAAGCAAUUUUUAUUUUGUCUUCAAAUGAAGGGUCAGACUCUCUGUUGCUUGUACCAACUCGAUCUUCUUUUGAUACAUAAGAAUCAGUUACAGA